AUGGGCCAGCUGCUCCUGCUGCCGCUGCUCCUGCCGCCACUGCUCCUGCCGCUGCAGGGCCUGCAGGCCAAGAGGAAAGAGACCGUCCGCGUCUUCGUGGUGGCACACAGCCACAUGGACGUGGCCUGGAGCCAGGACGACAUGGAGACCUACCUGGACAUCUACUCCUCAGUGGUGAAGGCACUGAUGGAGGUACCGGAACGCAAGUUCAUCGUGGUCGAGCAGGAGUACUUCCGGCAGUGGUGGGACAACUUGGCCACAGCGGAGGAGAAAGACCAGGUCCGGCAACUACUGAGCCAGGGACGCCUGGAGUUUGUCACAGGAGGCCAGGUGAUGCACGAUGAGGCAGUGACACACGUGGAUGACCAGAUCCUACAGCUCACAGAAGGACAUGCGUUUCUCUAUGAGGUGCUUGGAGUCCGGCCACAGUCCUCCUGGCAGAUCGACCCCUAUGGCGCCUCUGCCACCACCCCCACCCUCUUCGCGCUGGCGGGCUUCCAGGCCCACGUCAUCUCCCGCAUCAACUACAAGCUGAAGGUGGACAUGCAGAAGGCCCAGAGUCUGCAGUUCGUGUGGCGAGGGUCCCGCUCCCUGUUGGAGACGCAGCAGGAAAUUUUCACGCACGUGAUGGACCGGCGCAGCUUCUGCACGCUGUCUCAGUGGAACGAGUCGACCCUCUUCCCGGAUGUCCCCUCACUCGAAAACUUUCUGUACCCUGAAAUCGACAUGCCCCUGGCUUCAGAAUAUCUUAAGCCCAUGGCCGAAAAACUGGUGAAGGAUAUGAAAGAGCGAGCUGAUCGGUACCAGACACAGCACCUCCUUUGGUCCUGGGGGUGCGACCGGAAGUUCUUCAACACCUUACAGCAGUUCAGCAACAUGGACCUUAUAAUAAGCCACAUUAACCAGAGGGUCUCGGAGCUUGGAGUCUCGGUGGAGUACACCACUCUGGAAGAGUAUUUCCGUGCCCUGCAUGAGCUCCGUGUCACUUGGACAGUCCGUGACCACCACGACUUCCUGCCCUAUUCCUCAGGGAGGUUUCAGGCCUGGACGGGCUUCUACGCCUCUCGCAGUGGGCUCAAGGCCCUGGCCAGGCGGGCCAGCGCCCUGCUGUACGCCUCGGAGUCCAUGUUCGCGCGGCACCUGUGGCCGGAGCAUGACACGGCCGUGAACACCUCCUGGGCCCUGCAGCAGCUGCAGCAGCUCCGCUGGGCCGUGUCCGAGGUCCAGCAUCACAACGCGAUCACUGGCACUGAGACCCCCAAGGUGAGAGACAUAUACGUGGACCACCUGACCGAGGCCAUGGAGAACGUGCAGGAAGUGAUGCUCUCUGUCAUCAAGAAUGGGGGACAAGCCGGCAAAGGUCCGGACACUGCCGGGCACCUGGUGGUGAUAUACAACCCCCUGGCCUGGGAUAUCACCACCAUCGUCACCUUCACCGUGGCCUACCCCCACCUCAGCCUCACAGACGACUCAGGAAAUCCUGUGCCGGUCCAGAUGCAGAGAUCAAAGAGCCCGUCCCUCUAUGACGUCCACUUGCUGGUCACCAUCCCCGGCCUGAGCUAUCAGCACUACAGCGUCCGGUGCGCGCAGAAGAGCGCCGUCACCAUGGCCAUGCCCAAGCGUUAUGGCCGCAGGAAGAGGACGCCCAAAGGGCCCGGCGACAAGAACCUGUUGUCAGUGCAGAACGACUGCUACACUGUGUUCCUGGACCUGGACACCAACUUGAUGCACAGCAUCUGGGAGAGGGAGGGGAACAGCACGGUGAACGUGACGCAGGACUUCCUGGAGUACCGGGCCAAUCGGCAUACGUGGAGGAAGCUCUUUUCCGACAACUUCGUGUUCACGCCCAUUGGCGCCGCUGAGCGGGCCUGGGACUCGGUGGCGCUGGUGGUGGUGCCAGGGGGGCUGGUGACUGAGAUCCAGCAGUAUUUCUACAGCGGGACAGACAAGACCCCCACCUACGUCCUCUACUCGCGAGUGGCCCACAUGCCCCUGGGCUCCCGUGGGACGCUGCUGUGCCACCGGCUGGAGCAGGAGCUGCAAGUGGGGCCCCUGAAGGUCAACCGUGAGGCCAUCCUGAGGACCAGCACAGGGCUGGACACGCAGAAGACCCUCUACUCGGACAACAACGGCUACCAGAUGCAGCAGAGGGCCUUCAAGGAGCCCAGGGAGGACAGCAGGGCCCAGAAUUACUACCCCAUGGUGCAGUCGGCCUUCAUCCAGGACAGCAGCAACCGGCUGGUGGUGCUAUCCGAUCAGGCACACGGCGUGUCCAGCCAGGACAAUGGGCAGGUCGAGGUCAUGCUGCAUCGCCGCCUGUGGAACACUGACCACUGGAUGCACUCAUUCAACCUCACGCUGGACGACGACUCAGUGGUCAGCCCUGUGUUCUGGCUCCUGCUGGGCACCCUGCCGCUGACCACAGCCCUGCACCAUCAGAGCGGACUGGCACUGCAGCAUAGGCCUGUCGUGCUGCUGAGAGAACUGAAGGGUAAGGGGGCGCCCGCAGACCCAGGCCCACGGCACCGGCGCCCCGUGACACUGCCCACGGCCCUCCACCUGCAGCUGCUGAGCGUCCCCGGCUGGAACUACAGCUCCAACCACACGGACCACCUGCAGAACCUGAAGGAAGGUCGCCAGGCACAGGCCGAGGCCGACCUCCACCGCGUCCUGCUGCGUCUCCAGCACCUGUAUGAGGUCGGGGAACACCCGGUGCUGUCUCAGCCCGUGAAGGUGAACCUGAAGGCCCUGCUGCGCGGGCUGGGCCCGGUGCAGGCGGUGGAGGAGCGCUCCCUCACGGGCACCUGGGCCGCGGGCGCCCUGCAGCGCUGGCGCUGGAAGCUGCAGGACACGCACCGGGAGAGAGACAACUCCAGGGCCGUCUUGCAGCCAGGAGGCUUCGAGUUCACCAUCUACCCCAAGGAAAUCCGAACCUUCUUUGUCCACUUCCAGAGGAAAUGAGCCUGUGGACACUCCUCUCGCCUCG